AUUGGGGUCCAAAUAUAAAUACGAGCAUGUCGAAUUGUUCGUUAUCCCUUGUUUGCGGGGUACAGAGUGGUAUAGAUGCAUGCUUGCGCUUGCAUUAUCUUGCUAUUAAUGAAAUCCAGUUUUCACUAUAAGAAAUUUACAUCUGCCUGAGGUCAGGAAUAUUGUUUUAUUUCUUCUUCGUAUAAGCUACCAGUUUGUAAAAUGGCGCAAAUUAUUGGAGCUAAUUAUUUUCGGUUACCUCGUUUGAUCGUGAUGUUACUGGUGAUCGUAGGCCUUGCGGUGUUACCGAUAUGUUUAUACAUCCCAGAUAAGAUACCGUAUGAUGCUCUAGGACCUAUGGGUAAAGUCCUUUCAUACCUCGCUUUUGAUAUACGUGGAGUUGUAAAAAUAGCAUGGUAUGCUAUACUUGUUGUUCAUGUUCUAGAGGCUACAUACGCUUUUGUUUUAGCGGGAAAAAUUGGCGUGGAGGGGUUUGCACGGAUCGCUUGGUUCAUAUCUACUCUAUUUUUCGGAUUUACAUCUCUCUCAAUACUGCACGCUGCCAGGGAAAAACCUUCCAAACAUCGAGUGUGACACCUCCAAAAUAAGAGUACCUAAAAAUCAUAAGCUAGCGAAAAUAUAUAUUUGGGAAGGAUUGGGGGACAGGAUAAUCAGAUUCGGUUCAAUGAGAAUGAUGAAGUGUCGUUUGUAUUUUCGAGGGUUACCGUUUCAAUGGUUACAAGGGCGCCAAACUUAAAGGUUUUUCUCCAAAGGAAAUACGUGUGGGGAUGUCAAGGCAUUUUAUAUGAUCUAAAAACGGAGAGUAAAAAGAUUUGUAUGUAUUUCCAUUCACAAUUUCUGGUGGUUUUUUUUUUUGCAAUAUGGAUAUUUCAUGUCAGUUUCAUCUGCAGUGUAGUGCCUGCUCUUAUUCCAAGGCGCCUAUAUCACGAUUCGACCAAUAUUGGGGGUUGUCGAAAUCACGGGAUAUAAGCAUAGGAAGACGAGACAAAAAAACAUUGUGCAUUUUCUUUGACGCUCUUUUCUCUCGAACUCUUUUGCACGUCCAAAUUUCGAAAGCCCCUUAUAAUAUUGUAUGCCAAUGUGUGUUUUCUCUUUAUUUACUCUUAAACGUAUUUGAAAAAAAGUGUCCCUCAUUAAAGUUAUUUCACAUUAUUCUUAUAAGUCUGAUAAUCAUGUUCUUUAUUGCAGUCACUUUUUGUACAAUGUACUUCAUAUACCAAUGUGUAAUGGCAGAUUAGAUUAGAGGAAAUUAAACACAAUAUUUGUAUGUAUAUCAUAGAACACAUAACAAACAAAGAAAAGACAAUCAACAUUCGUGAACCUUUUUUCCUCAGAAAUAUAUUUGUUAAUUUAAAAUAUAUCUUUUUUUCUUUGAUCAAAAUGCAUAUACAUGAUUGUAUAAAUAUCGGACACACAAAGUUAUGAUAUCAAAAUAUAGAACUUUGAGUACAUUCUGACAAAUUGCGAUAGUAAAGUUGGGUAAUAUUUUCCAUUCUUAAGGCAAACUGUGUACAUUUGCAGUAAUAUAGUAUGUUUUUAAAAUGUGAAAUACAACAUAUAUAAAGUAUAAUAGUUAAAUGAAUAGCAAAUGCAACAAUUGUUAGAUAUCACAAUUAAGAAACGGUUAAACUUUUAAUGGCACAUUGUGAAUAGCUUUAUAUAUACGUGAGCUUUUCUCCAUGUUCGCCUUUAGCAGAAAGAUUAUAAAAACUGCACCUGUAAAGAUGCUUCCAGUAUAUUAUUGCGAUAAAAGUACUAAGAUGAACGGCUUUAUGUAAAGAGUACAUUUCAUGAUUAUUUCAUCAAGCAAGACAAGUUGGGCAAAGUUGACUGCGAGAUAUCAUCAGAUGGGGAAGAUUACUCGAAUGAAUAUCAUCCAAUUAUGUGAUUAAGAUGUUCUAGGAGACAAAUUCCAGAACUUUUUAUUAGACCAUACUGAAACUACAGUAGUCGACAAAAGUAAUUAAAGGACAAGUCCAUCCCAACAAAAAGUUUAUUUGAA